CCGACGAUCACGUUUGCGGCCCCACAAGGCAAGACCAUUAUUCCCUGGCUUCACGCUCCCACCUCUCAUCGCCAGCCCACUCCAGUCUCCACUCUUCAGUGUCCACUCCGCCUCGCUCUGCAACUCGCCGACGGACGGCAAUGGCAUCCCUCCGCGCCUCCCUCCUCCUCGCGGCCGCGGUCUGCGCGCUCGCGGCGUCGUCCGCCUCUGCAUCCCGCGACCUCCGUCCUCGCCGCACCCAGUUCGUCGUGCGCGGCAGCGUUUGGUGCGACACCUGCCGCGCCGGCUUCGAGACCCCCGCCUCCACCUACAUCGCCGGAGCAAAGGUUAGAGUCGAGUGCAAAUCAAAAUCCACCGGAGUCAAGACAUGCAGCUUCGAGGGGCACACUGACCACACUGGUACCUACAACAUCUCCGUGGAUGACGAGCAUGAGCAUGAGCUGUGCGAGUCUGUCCUCGUCAGCAGCCCGGACAGAGGGUGUGCCAAGCUGGUAGCUGGGCGGGAGAGGGCUCCUGUCUUCCUCAACAACAAAAAUGGUGUGGCGUCCAACGUUAGGUUGGCGAAUGCCCUCGGGUUCCAGAAGGACGUCGCUUUGGCUGCCUGUGCGCAGAUCCUCAAGAUGUACCAGGAAGUCGAGGACCGUGUCUGAGGAGUAAGGGCGUGCUGAGCUUGCUGUCGCAAAACGAGUUAAAAUGUUCUGGAACAUCUAUAUGACUAUAUGUAUUGCCUAGACCGAUAGCAUCGCUGCUUGUGUGCUUGAUAUUAAAGCUUAGCGCUGGAGUAUGCACGUUGAUCUGCGGCUCAGUUGACCCAUUAAGUUUAUCAGCUACUAAAAAUCGAUAUGUUGCUAUGAGGUUAUUUGUCAAGGGUGACUAACGUUCGAGCGCUUAA